UUUGGGUUCCUCUUGGAAAUUUGGAAUGAUCAAUGAAGUAGUCAGCCAAAACAUCACGGAUUUAAUGAAUUAAAAUUCUUAGUAUUAUUCAAUAUUAAUAUUGUGGAAAUUUCAAGAAAUUUUUUGUUGAUAGAAUGAAUACCUAAAAAAUAAUAUUUGAAUUUCGUUUUUUUUUGUAUUAAUAAGGAUAAUGGAAACAAAAACAGAAUUAAAUAAUAAAAUGAUUCCUAAAGUAGAUGUGGAAUAUUGUGGAGCCUGUGACUAUGGAGGGCAUUGUUUGAAAUUAGCAAAAAUGAUUAAUGAUAAGACUCCAAGUGCUAAUAUUUAUUGUAAACGAGGUCGACAAGGAUCAUUUGAAGUAGUAAUUAAUGAUAAAUUAGUAUAUUCAAAACUUCAAACUAUGGCUCUACCAGAUUAUGAAGAAGUUGUAAAUGUUGUUAGUGAUGUCUCAAAAGGGUUGGAACCAAAGGAAAUAAAAGGCCAACAGCCAAUUAACUGUGUCAUUCAAUAGAUAUAUUUAGAAAAUCAACAACACAAGCUAGAAAUGGUUGACAAAACAAAGUCAAUUGUAAAUGCUGAAAUAUAUGUGUAAAUAUA